GGUACCCGUGAACAUGGAGAAAUCACAAAUGUCAGCAAGCCUUUUAUAGUGCAACUGAACUGGGCAGGAUUCGGCAGCAAGUGGGGCAGAUGGGGAAGAGACUCAUAUCCAGGCACUAAUCAAAAAACAUAUUGGGGGGCUAUUUUAAGAUCAGAUGCUCGCAUAAUUGACCUGUUACGCUAUCAAAACUAUGUAGAGAAGGGCCUUAUAUAUUAUGAUGAUUAUUCAAGAACUGGUCAAGGAAGUGGAAUGAUUAUGUAUGAUGGCUCCAUGUACUAUAACUGCUACAAUACAAGAGACAUCUGCAAGUAUAACACAAAAACCUAUACUGUGGAAAGCCGUAGUACUCUCAGUGAUGCUGCUUUCAAUAAUCGAUUCUCCUAUGCAGGGGCGGAUUGGCAGGACAUUGACUUUGCCGGUGAUGAAAAUGGCCUUUGGGUUAUUUAUGCAACUGAACAUAGUAAUGGCAACAUGGUCCUCAGUAAGCUUAAUGCCACCACUCUUGCAGUACAGCGGACCUGGCACACCAAUCAAUACAAGCCUGCAGUCACCAAUGCCUUCAUGGUGGUUGGAAUCUUAUAUGCUACCAGAGCUGUGAACACACAGACUGAAGAGAUCUUCUACAUGUACAAUACCAAAACUGGUGAAGAAGGCAGUUAA